AUGGGGUGGGCAGCGGCGCUGGCGCUGCCCCGGCCCGCGGGGCCGCACCAUGUGGGCUGCGCCGACGUCAUGGUGGGCCGCACACGCCAGGGGCUUUUCUUCCGCCUCUACUACCCCUGCGAGCCCCACGCCAGGGCCGCGCGGCCGCUCUGGAUCCCGCGCGCCGAGUACUUCGAGGGCCUCGUGGACGUGGGCGGCCGCAGGCGCUGGUGGAGCGCGCCCCUGCUCAGGGCUGCCUUCAGCACCUUCCGCGUGCCGCUCAGCUGGAACAGCCCCUUCAAGCCCGGCAGCGCCAAGUACCCCCUGAUCAUCUUCUCACAUGGCCUGGGCGCUUUCCGCACCCUCUACUCGGCCGUGUGCGCCGAGCUCGCGUCCCGCGGCUUUGUGGUGGCGGCGCUGGAGCACAGGGACCGCUCUGCCUCCGCGACCUACUUCUGCACUGGGGAGCCCGGGGAGGCGCUGCGGGAGGAGUGGAUUCCCUAUGGACGGGUGCCCCCCGGAGAGAAGGAAUUUUAUUUCCGGAAUAAGCAGCUUCACCAGCGAGCGGACGAGUGCGCGCGGGGGCUCCAGCUCUUCGAGGACAUCAGCCGCGGGCAGGUGGUCCCCAACGUCCUGCACGGGGCCUUCGACCUGUCCGUGCUGCAGGGCAGCAUCGACAUGACCAAAGUGGCCAUCAUGGGGCACUCCUUCGGGGGCGUGACAGCAGUGCUGGCCACGGUGAAGGAGCCGCGCUUCAGCUGCGCCGUGGCCCUCGACGCCUGGAUGUUCCCGCUGGAGCACGCGCGGUACCCGGACGUCAGCAAGCCCCUGCUCUUCAUCAACAACGAGAAGUUCCAGACGCCGGAAAGCAUCGCCAGGAUGAAGCGGCUCCGCUCCAGGAACAGCGAGACGAAGGCCGUGACCAUCCUCGGAUCCGUGCACCACAGCCAGUCUGACAUCACCUUCCUGACCGGGAAGUUCGAGAAGCUCAUCAACCGCAUCCUCACCACGAGGGGUACCCUCGACCCGCACAAGGUCUUGGGCAUCACGUGCCAGGCGGCUCUGGCCUUCCUGCAAAGGCACCUCGACCUGAACGAGGACUUUGAUCAGUGGGACCCACUCCUUGAUGGCAUCGGUGACUCGGUCGUGGCUGAUGAACCCUUGUGCCGCUCCAACCUCUAGGCCAGAGGAGUCGGCACCGGGAGAGCCCCCCUUUCUCCCACCCGUAUCCAACCUCCAAAGAGCGGGAGGUUCCAGGGAGGAGCUGGGCCAGGGCCCGGUGCCUGUGGGACGCUGGCACUGGCAUCUCGUUGCCGCAGAGCUCACCAGGGGUGCCGGGAACCCCAGAGCUCACAAUGGGGCUGCCC